GAAAUUGGUUGUUGUAUAUUUAGGUCAAUUUAAUAAUUUCCCAAUUGUGUGCGUUUUUUUAAAUUUAUAUAUUUGUUUGUUGACCAGCUGUUAAGAGAAGAGCAGAGUGAGAACAAAAGAGAGUGGACAUGUUUGACGUCGAACCAAAAAAGUGACCGUUCGCGACAUCGCAGUUACGGCUGGAAAACGCACUAACGCGCGCAAAUGCACUAGCGCCAGAGAAAGUGCCAUCUCUCUUUCGUGCCAGUUCUCUUUUCAUUCGAAAAUUUAACGCCCGCGCUGCUGCAGCGCGUUGCUCCGGUUGGAAAAUAUCUGAAAACAGCAUUAAUAAAUAAACAAAAAUAUUGGAUAAAUCGCCGGAAAAACGCAGCAAAAAACGAAAUUUGGUUUCUUGUAAAAAUAUUGUUUUUCAAGAUAUUUUCUUGUUUAUUUCCGUAAAUUCGACGAGGAUAUAUCUCAAUCUUUCGCGUUGAUAAACAAAUUCCAGCACCGCAACCUUUGUGUAGGGGGCAAUUGUGAAAAGUGAUUUGUCCAUUGUGUACAUUAAUUAAUAAAUUGUAUUUAAGCCAGAAACAAAGUGAAUAAGGCAAAAUUGAAUAAAGCAAACGAAGAAACCAAGGAAAUAUGCUCAGAAAACGCAUUCAUAGCCUACUUAUCGCAUGAAGAACCGGUACCGUUAACGGAUAAUCGCCGUCGCGUUAAUUCGACCGUAUCGCCUCGCCCCCCUUCGCCGUUUCGCCCGUUCAUAUAGCCGAUAUAACCGUUAUCGCGCCCGUGCAUCUGCGCCUGCAUCUGUGUGCGUGAGUCCUUGUAUCCUCUGUACAUAUGUACAAUAUUUGUCGUCGUCGUCGUCGUGCAUCGUUGUUGUUGUUCUUGCUGUUAUCCUAUUAUUCAUCGUCGUCCGCUGGCAUUAAUCUGCGUAUAAAGUAAAUAUAACAAAUUUGUGUUCUUCGGUGUUGUCUCGUGUAAGUGUCUAUAAUUUGUUUAAGUACGACAAGCGAUCGGUGCGAAUCAAAAAAUUCCAAUUCACCAGUCGUCGUCGUCAGUGUGUGCAAAUCGAUAAUCGAGCUAUCAGAACAACCACAACAACAACAACAACAACCCAAUCAAUCGAUCAAUGUCAGCAAACAAACGAUAAACAGGACUCGCUGGGACUAAUCAAUUGCGUAAUCUUCCGAAAAUUUUGGAUCCCAACGUGCAAGGAGUUUCAACUUUUGAACAAAAAUCCAUUCUAUUUUACAGUUCUUGGAAAGAAAUGACUGAACUUUCAUCCCUCAAUCCAUUUGUUCGCCUAUGAAACCCAGAGACAAUUUAAGCCCUGUUAUGAAAAGUUGUUGAACAAAAAAUGAAACAAUAUAUAUUUUGAAAUAAUUUAAAAUCAAUUUAAAGUAAAAAGUAAAUUCAGCUGCAAUAACUUUGAAACACGCACAACCAAGCCAAACAAACAGAAAAUCAAAUCCAUUUAACUGCAAUAUAGUUAAAGGCAAGGCACACACAGAAAAUCAACAAUAAUAGAUGUUGCAAAUUUAAUCAAUCCAACUGAAAUUUAACUAAAUUUUAUGCAAAAUAGAAAUGUUAAAUUCACACAACACAAACCACAAUAACAACAGCGGCAGCGGCAGCAACAACAACUAUAACAAAGGCCACAAAAUGCAUUUGAAAGGUGCAACGGCAAAAGCCACAAUAAUGAAACAUAAGUUAAGCAAAUUUUACGGAUACGGUUGGAUGCAAGUCUUCCUACUACUUACAGUCCUCGUGAUUGGUAAUCAAAGUGCCUGGCAGGAGAAUAUACGACCAAAACUCUACGUUGAAUUAGGUCCCGAAGAUGUACUGAAGUUUGUGGGAAACGAAAGUGUUGUGGAUCACUUCAAGCUCGUUACCAAGGAUGGCAACAGUCUGCUCAUCGGUGCCAGAAAUACGGUUUUUAAUUUAAGCAUACACGAUCUCGUCGAGCAGCAGCGAUUGGUCUGGACUUCGCCGGAGGAUGAUACCAAAAUGUGUCUCGUCAAGGGCAAGGAUGAGGAGGCCUGCCAGAACUACAUCCGCAUCAUGGUGGUGCCAUCGCCGGGUCGCCUCUUCGUUUGCGGCACAAACUCGUUCCGGCCCAUGUGCAACACGUAUAUCAUUAGUGACAGCAACUACACGCUGGAGGCCACCAAGAACGGACAGGCGGUGUGCCCCUACGACCCCCGUCACAACUCCACCUCUGUGCUGGCCGACAACGAACUGUAUUCCGGUACCGUGGCGGAUUUCAGUGGCAGCGAUCCGAUUAUCUACAGAGAGCCCCUGCAGACCGAGCAGUACGAUAGCCUAAGUCUCAACGCCCCCAACUUUGUGAGCUCAUUUACGCAGGGGGACUUUGUCUAUUUCUUCUUUCGGGAAACCGCUGUGGAGUUCAUCAACUGUGGCAAGGCGAUUUAUUCGCGCGUUGCCCGCGUCUGCAAAUGGGACAAAGGUGGCCCGCAUCGAUUCCGCAACCGCUGGACAUCCUUCCUUAAGUCCCGCCUCAACUGCUCCAUUCCCGGCGAUUAUCCUUUCUACUUUAACGAAAUCCAAUCUGCCAGCAAUCUGGUGGAGGGACAGUACGGUUCGAUGAGCUCGAAACUGAUCUACGGAGUCUUCAACACGCCGAGCAACUCGAUUCCCGGCUCAGCGGUUUGUGCCUUUGCCCUCCAGGACAUUGCCGAUACGUUUGAGGGUCAGUUCAAGGAGCAGACGGGCAUCAACUCCAACUGGCUGCCAGUUAACAACGCCAAGGUGCCCGAUCCUCGACCCGGUUCCUGUCACAACGACUCGAGAGCGCUUCCGGAUCCCACACUGAACUUCAUCAAAACACACUCGCUAAUGGACGAGAAUGUGCCGGCAUUUUUCAGUCAACCGAUUUUGGUCCGGACGAGCACAAUAUACCGCUUCACUCAAAUUGCCGUAGAUGCGCAGAUCAAAACUCCUGGCGGCAAGACAUAUGAUGUUAUAUUUGUGGGCACAGAUCAUGGCAAGAUUAUCAAGUCAGUGAAUGCCGAAUCUGCUGACUCUGCAGAAAAAGUCACCUCCGUUGUCAUCGAGGAGAUCGAUGUCCUGACCAAGAGUGAGCCCAUUCGCAAUCUGGAGAUAGUCAGAACCAUGCAGUACGAUCAACCCAAAGAUGGCAGCUACGACGAUGGCAAAUUAAUCAUUGUGACGGACAGCCAGGUGGUAGCCAUACAAUUGCAUCGUUGUCACAAUGACAAAAUCACCAGCUGCAGUGAGUGCGUCGCAUUGCAGGAUCCUUACUGCGCCUGGGACAAAAUUGCCGGCAAGUGCCGUUCGCACGGUGCUCCCCGAUGGCUGGAGGAGAACUACUUCUACCAGAAUGUGGCCACUGGCCAGCAUGCGGCCUGUCCCUCAGGCAAAAUCAAUUCGAAGGAUGCCAACGCCGGGGAGCAGAAGGGCUUCCGCAACGACAUGGACUUAUUGGAUUCGCGGCGCCAGAGCAAGGAUCAGGAAAUCAUCGACAAUAUUGAUAAGAACUUUGAAGGUCCCCAAAUCUCUGCAGAUAUAAUCAACGCCCAGUACACGGUGGAGACCCUCGUGAUGGCCGUACUGGCCGGUUCGAUCUUCUCGCUGCUGGUCGGCUUCUUUACAGGCUACUUCUGCGGUCGCCGUUGCCACAAGGACGAGGACGACAAUCUGCCGUAUCCGGAUACGGAGUACGAGUACUUCGAGCAGCGCCAGAAUGUCAAUAGCUUCCCCUCGUCCUGCCGCAUCCAGCAGGAGCCCAAGCUGCUGCCCCAGGUGGAGGAGGUGACAUAUGCGGAGCCGGUGCUCCUGCCCCAGCCGCCGCCGCCCAACAAGAUGCACUCGCCCAAGAACACGCUGCGCAAGCCCCCGAUGCACCAGAUGCACCAGGGUCCCAACUCGGAGACCCUCUUCCAGUUCCAGCCCGACGGCUACAACACCCAGCAGUCGUAUCGCGGUCGCGACAACUUCGGCACACUGCGUUCCCACCAGGUGAUGGGGGAUAAUUACAGGCGCGGCGAUGGCUUUUCCACCACCCGCAGCGUCAAGAAGGCUGUAAACAACACAAACACACGUAACAGAAGUCUUGGUCGCGCAAGAAGACAGCCGCCCCGUCAUGGCAUUGUAACUCAACACCGCUCGAAUAGCCCCCAGCAGCAGCAGCAGCAGUCACAGCAGCCGCACUCCAGUUCCGGCUCCUCGCCCGUAAUGUCCAACAGCAGCAGCAGUCCGGCUCCGCCCUCCAGUAGUCCCAGUCCGCAGGAGAGCCCCAAGAACUGCAGCUACAUCUACCGUGAUUGAUUGAUAUGCAAUACCAAAUCGAUGCCACUCAUCCAGGCCCAGCCCCAGCCCCAGUCCCAGUCCACGCACGCCCAGCCAUACGUCCAGCCACACCCACACCCGCUACCGCCCCCCGGUCAGACCACGCCCCCAGCCCAGCCACGCUCCAGGAGUCCAGUGAUCAGCAGGACGUACGCCAAGUCCAUGCCAGUGACGCCAGUACAACCGCAAUCGCCGCUGGCUGAGACGCCCUCCUAUGAGCUCUACGAACGCCACUCCGAUGCCGCCACCUACCAGUUCGAGGAUGAGGAUGAUGAUGAGCACGACCAGGAGGACACCUCAUCGCUGGCCAUGAUCACACCGCCGCCGCCCUACGACAUUCCGCACCUGGUGGCAUCGCCACCGCUGCCACCGCCACGUAGAUUUCGCUUUGGCAACCGGGAGCUGUUCAGCAUGAGUCCAGCCGGAGGCGGAGCCACGCCCACCGCCUCGACAACCAACCGCGGCAGCAGCGCCAUAACGCCCACCAAGCUGAGCGCGGCGGCAGCGGCCAUGUUUGCCGCACCCCAAAUGGCCACCCAACUCAACCGGAAGUGGGCUCAUCUGCAGAGGCGGCGGCGCAGGCGCAACAGCAGCUCCGGCGACUCCAAGGAGCUGGACAAACUGGUCCUGCAAUCGGUCGAUUGGGAUGAGAACGAGAUGUACUAGAUCGCAAACCAAUCAUGAAAUGAGAUGGCAGAAACACUUUGAUUCAGAAUUUGUUCACCUUUGUUUGCAUACUUAAAUGGGAUAUCGAUUGUAAAAACGUGUUCGUAAACAAGGCAGAGAUUCUUUGUGCUAAGGCAUUAGAUAA